AUGUCUGCUCCCCGUGGCCGUCUCGCUGGCAAGAACGCCGUCAUCACCGGUGCCGCCGGUGGCAUCGGCCUCGAAACCUCGAUCCUCUUCGCCAAAGAAGGCGCCAACAUCCUCAUGGCCGAUAUCUCGGCCGAGGCUCUGGAGCGCGCUGUGGCCAAGGUGACGCAACUCGUCCCGAACCAUGGACGUGUUGAGCCUAUGGUUGUCGACGUCUCCAAAGAAUCCGACGUCCAACACGCAGUAGAAUACCUCGACGCCUGGGGCGGCCUCGAUGUCAUCUUCAACAACGCAGGCAUCAUGCACGCGCAAGACGGCGACGCCCUGUCCACGCCUGAGGCCAUCUGGGACCUAACUCACAACAUCAACGUUAAGGGCGUGUGGUACGGCUGCAAGCACGCUGUUUUGGCCCUCCGCCGGAACAAGAAGACCAAGGGGUCGAUUAUCAAUACCGCGAGCGUGGUUGCCUUGGUUGGGUCGGCCACGCCGCAGCUGGCGUAUACCGCCAGCAAGGGCGCAGUGUUGGCGUUGACAAGGGAGCUGGCCAUUGUGCAUGCUCGGGAGGGCUUCAGGUUCAAUGCGCUUUGCCCAGCGCCGCUGAAUACGCCGCUGCUACAAGACUGGCUUGGUGAUGACCAGGCUAAGCGGCUGCGCAGGACGGUGCACUUCCCUACCGGCAGGUUUGGUGAGGCAGUUGAGCAGGCGCAUGCGGUUGUGUUCCUGGCUAGCGACGAGAGCAGUUUCGUUAACGGGGCUGACUUCGUCGUGGAUGGCGGUAUGACCAAGGCCUAUGUGACAGCAGAGGGGCCUGCGGCGCCGGCGCCGGUGAACAAUGCCCUGAAGGACAAGCUGGACGAGUAG